AUGGAGGACAUAUCCAUUUUUGCCAUCCCACAUCUCAGGGACGAGGUCACCCAGUAUCUCACCAGGUGCGACUUGGCACAGUGUUCCCUUGUCUCCAAGCAAUGGUCCUCCUGGUUCACACCAAUCCUCUGGCACACCAUCAAUCGUCGUCAUCCCCAGAUCGAAUCUUCAACUCUGAUAAAGUACCGUGACCAUAUCCGGGAACUCAUCGGCGUCGACAUUGCAUUCGCAUCCAAGGACGACCUGUGGCCUCUUCCCAACCUCCGACGGCUGGAGAUAUAUGAUGGACUCAAAGUAUACCAUACGGUCGAGCCCCAACUCAAACUACUCCGAUUGCUUCAGAUGACAGAACUGUUCAUUCUACAGACCCUCAAAAUUGGACUCUUGCUCCAUCUUGAAUCAGUCCAGAUUCAGCUGUUCGAGACGUUGUUACACCUCCCUCAACUCAAAAAACUCGACCUCGAAUCCCGCAAAUAUGCCCCUCCGAUUUAUACCCAACAACUGAUCCAGACCUGCAGCCACCUUGAUUCAUUGACCUUGAGCUUUGGAGGUUACGAUGAGGAUUCGACUGAGAGGUCAAUGGCUGGGUGCCAGACUGCUAAACGCGCUAUGGAGCUUAUGCCGGAGACUCGACUGCGAGAGCUGGAAUGUGACUUUGAGUUCUCAAAUCUGGAAAUGGCCCUCUUGCCAUCGCUCCUGACGCGCUGCCCUCUAUUGGAAAGCAAUGCUUUCGACAUCAGCUCAUCUGAACUCGAUGUGGAGAUAGUGCGGUCGCUUUCACGUAAGAGCGAUAGUAACUACACCGGCAAUGAUACUUGGGACCGGGAGAGACAAUGUGGGCUCGAAACCUUCGCUCAGUCAUUUGGUUAUUUCGGGGACCUAAUGGCACCAGCCCUCGUGGAGUAUCAUUCCGCAACGCUGACGUCUUUGAAGGUCUCAUGGCCCGGUAUCUGCUCGACUGACCUUGGAACACUACUCAGCGGCCUUCCGAGACUACGGUCGCUGCACAACAUUCUGGAGGCCAUUCGGGAGCAGCACAUCAACACCAUGACGAACCGUUGUAUGCAUUAUAUCUUUGAGCAGGUGGGAAGACUGACAGAGCUGGAGGAAUGGACACUCGGACGCAAGUUUGAGCAGCUGUACCUGUCGGGUGGCUUCUUGAUCUGGCUAUCGGGCCUAAAAAGAAUGAAAUCGUUAGUUUACAGGGCUAGGACGCAGGAUCAGCAACUGGAUGUAGAGGAAGCAAAGUGGAUGAUCGAGAACUGGCCAGCUCUGAUUCAUAUUGUACUUCGCUGCGUGAAAGGCAACAAUCUAACGAAUGAAGGUCAUCAGGCAGAGGACCAAUUCAAGGCCACGCUCAAGAAAAGACGACCAUGGAUACAUAUUGAAUAG